AUGGCGGACAACUUCACCAGGUUUGUGAGCGCCAUUGGGGACAAGACGAGGCCCUUUGUGCUCGAUGGCGGGCAAGCGACUCAGAUGGAGCGAGAAGGAGUUGACCUGUCCGGUCACUUGUGGUCGGCAAGGCUCCUGUGCGACAACCCCGCCAUGAUCAAGAAGACGCAUGUCGCGUUCUUCCUCGCGGGCGCUGAUGUCGUGGUUUCUGCGUCGUAUCAAGGUACUGUUGAGGGGUUCAAGCGGGCGGGCAUGAGCGAAGAAGAGGGGAAGCGUCUGCUCAGGUUCAGCAUCCAGCUUAUCAAAGAAGCGAGAAACGAGGCGUGGGAGCAAAUGGUCAAGGACGGGAGCUCGGCGGGGAGGAUCAAACCUUUCGCAGGAGCGAGUGUGGGAUGCUAUGCCGCAAGCCUGGCAGAUGGGUCCGAGUACACCGGUAGCAGUUACGGGAUCACGCCGGAAGAGCUCAGGGGGUUUCACCUGGAGAGGCUCAAGUUGUUUGCAGAAGAAGCUCCUGACGUGUUUGCAUUCGAGACAAUCCCCAACAUGAUGGAAGUUGAGGCCAUCAUCGAUGUUCUUAACGACCCUCAAAUCCUCGCCACCAACAUCCCGGCCUGGAUCUCGGUGUGCUGCAAAGAUGACGAGACGCUGUCCAGCGAUGAAUCCGUUGAAGAGUUCGCCAAGUUCGUGGCGUCCAGAACCAGGCUUCUCGUUUCCGUGGGAGUGAAUUGCGUUCAUCCUCGGCAUGUUGAGAAGAUUCUGAGCACCAUGAGAGCUUAUUGUGACCUUCCGCUUGUGGUGUAUCCCAACAAGGGAGAGAAGUUCGACACCGCGAGGAGGGAGUGGGUACCAGGGACGGCCAUGGACGAUGAAGACUUCUGCAAACUCUCAGAUUCAUGGAGGGCAAACGGGGCCACGAUGAUCGGGGGGUGCUGCAGGACAAGCGUUGACACUAUCCGUCUGUUGAGGGAGCGACUAAUGAGAUGA